AUGGCGAGAAUCGUCGCAGAGCCCUUGGACCCGCGCGACGGCUUCAAUUGGGUGUUCCUGGUUGAAUUGCUCAUAUGCGGCAUCUUGACCAUCUUCUUCCUCUUCUACUUCAACCGCCUAUUUGCGACGCUCAUAUCCUACGGCAUCCGCGCAUAUACAUGGCGCACCUUCAACGCCUACAUUGACAUCACCGCGCUCCAGAUAUCGCUGCUAGGCGGCCGGCUCUUCUUUAAGGAAAUACGUUACCACGGCCACAAUGAGACCAUCCUGGUCCAUGGAGGAUACAUCACGUGGAACUACUGGCUGCGCCGUGUCAAGGAUGCAGGCAUCUAUACUGAUGGCGAUCCUUCCUCGGACGGCGAUAGCAUCAAAAGCUCCAGCACAGCGAGGACCCGGUCCGACAGCCGGAGUGGCAAUUUAGACAGGGCAGAGAAGGGCGGAAAGCAGACCCGGAAGGAGCUACCAUGUCGUAUUUCUGUCAAGAUCUCGGGCAUCGAAGCCUUCAUGUACAAUCGCAGCCCCGCCUAUGACGGAAUUAUAGAAGCAGUGGAAAAGAAGGCCCAGAGCGCGGCCAAAGAUGCACAUUCUCCGGAAGGUUCGGUGGCCGAUUUUGAGAAGUCCAAGGAGAAGGAGAGAUCCAAGCUCAACAAGACCCGUACCGAAGUCGAUGUGGAUGUUACGCGAGCCAAUACGGGCCGGUCGACGUCGUCCAGUCCCAAGAAAGCCGAAAUUCCAGCAUUCCUCAGACUUCUGCCAGUGCAUGUAGACAUCAUCAAGGGUGCAAUCGUAGUUGGUAACGAACAUACGCUGGCUGUCAUUACCGCGCAGUUUGACAAGGCAACGGGCACUUUGGAUGCGUCUUCAAGUGGGCCCCUAGACGUCUACCAGCAGCUCUUCCAGUUCCAGGUCACUCACCCCGUCGUGCACAUGAAGCCCAACCCCGACUACAAAAUUGGACAGCUCGACUCUGCAGUGCAAUACAAGCAGGAAGCAGCCCAGGGUAUCUCAGAAGAUCGCAUAAUCGAGAAAGAAGCCAGGCGCAAAAGGCGUUGGGGCUGGCUGAAGAAGCUUCUAAGCCUUCCUGCCUUUUUAUCCCGGGACUCAGACUCGAUCCAUACCCACGCCAAGUCAGGAGUAGCAUCCAACGGCCCCUUCAGAAACUCUCAAUGGACCUUUCCAGGGCGCGAGCGUUGGAAAGGAUUAGCACGAUAUCUCGAUGAUACAAACAAUGAUGGUCACGGAGAGUGGGACAGCGUCGAAUAUGCGAAAACCUCUUUGAUUGCGGAUAUCCCAUGCGUCAAUGUCUCAUUCUAUUGGGAUGUGACUGGACCGGUACCAAACGACAUCGACCAGAGUAGACAUGUUGACCCUGCGCGGCCAAACGACAUCAAUGGAAGUAUCCCGCCAGACUACGGUAUGGAUAUACAGGUAUUUGGUGGCAUCAUCAACUAUGGACCUUGGGCGGAUCGUCAUCGUGGCGUCUUCCAAUCCAUCUUUUUCCCAGCCUCACGCGUCGAUGCUGUUCCUUCAACUCCUCUGAAACCUGGCGAACUCCGUGUUCUAUCAGUGUUCAAGCUGUUCCUCAGCAUUGAAGAAGAUACGAUUUUACGCAUACCGAUCCGUGAACCAUCCAAGGACUGGAAAUGGAAAGGAAAAGCCCACACUCUUGCGGCGCACGAAAAGCCUGGCGCCGACAAGAACAAGGGCAAAGCCAAGUCCCGCAUCAGACGUGGCAAGCACCGGGACACCACAGGUGCGCAAAAUGUCCGCCCGUUUGCGUGGAUCGAUGUCAAGAUAGCCCAACACACUACCGUCAACUAUGUCAUGGACAUGUACGCUUCGAAGCAAGGAUAUCAGAGCAAGGUGGAUGUCGACGUCGCAAGUACCGAGAUAUCAUCUAGCGUAAAUCAUGGUCUUUUAUGGCGUUCUGGCGCUAUCGCCCUUGACUGUGACCUGUCCAAUCCUCUAAGCUGGAACGCUCUGCGGAAGUGGAUAUUCAACAUUAAAUGUCAAGACUUGGAAUUAUUUCUACUUCGAGACCACAUGUUCCUGAUCAUGGACCUUGUUGCCGACUGGGGAUCUGGUCCACCACCCGAUUACUUCCUUUUCGUCCCCUUUCAGUACUUCAUUCAUAUCGACUUCUCCAACUUCAAGUUAUACCUCAACACGAACGACUCUAACAUCAUCAAUAACCCAGCUGACUUGGAUGACAACAACUUUGUCAUCCUAUCUGGUAAGGAACUACAGGGAGAUGUGUUCAUUCCUUUGGACAAGUUUCGACCGCUGCAAAGUGAAAUCAACUUCGAUGUCAAAGGCCAAAACUUGGGUCUUGAAGUUCUGAUGCCUCAAAAGAAUACCCUACAGACAUUCGUAAAGACCCCAAACGUGGCGCACCUCGGCGGCCUCACUCUGACUGGUAGUCAUACCUUGAUGAACGAGACGUCGGCGAUGAAUACCGACAGACUUUUCAUGGACGUCCAGGGCCACAAACUCAACAUAGAACUCUACGGCUGGCUCGUUCAUCAUUUCUUGAAACUCAAGGAUAAUUACUUUGGCGAUGACAUGCACUUCAAAACACUCGAAGAGUUUCAGGGCCUCCCAAGCGCUGCUCUAGCAGGACAAGAUGCUGAGCCUAACGAUCAAGCGACCAAAAUUGCCAACGACUUAGACGUCAUUCUGUGCAUUUCUGCAGAUGAAACAUGCGUACUAGUCCCUGCCAACCUGUACUCAGCAGGCCGUGGCAUUCGAGCCGAUCUUCCGUACGCUUCAGCCGAUCUCAGAUUCACCAAUUACUAUAUGGAUUUGAUGGUCAACCUUAGUCCCAUCAGUAUCUCUCUAGGAGGCCUAGUACCGGAUCUUGAAAUCCCGCACGAGUUUUCGAGUGGUCGCACUGAGCUCUUCAUCGACUCCACUGUCAUGUUUGGACACCGUCUAUUUGGCCUACCUCCUCUUGAGCCGACAUACCUUUGUAGUUGGGACUUUGAGGUGGGGAGGAUAUCUGGAGAUUGCACGUCCGAAUUCCUCGAGGCGGCGGCAGGCGCGGCACGCUCAUUUGCUUUCACUCUCGAUGAUGAUGAAAACACGUUACCUCUCACAGACAUUCCCGUGAUACACGAUGUUACCUUCCUCCGACUGAGAACAAACGAUAUCAGCAUCUGUGUACACAUUGGGCAGGAGGCACUGCUCCUGAAGACCAACCCGUUGGCUUUGGACUUCAAUGACCUUGCCGGAAGCACCUUCUCUUCAAAGCUCAAUGUGGUUAUACCAGAACUGACUGUCACCGCUGUCCCAUCCAGUUCUGUGUCACAUCACCGGACACGCUUGGGGGAAAAAGGCGCUAUUGUCACUCGUGCUUAUCUUGAAACCACCAUAACGCUAACUCUGCUAACGAGGAAGGUGGACUUCACUGAGGAACGUGAAAAGCAACAGGCUCACAUACAAUUGCAUGACCAGCGAACUAAUCGCACUGGCUUUAUGCUUGCCAGUGGCCGAGCCGCUCAAGAUGACAGAAGCCGACAGAACAUACGCACGCCGGCUAUGCAAUAUCCCGACGUGCCUCAUCCCAUUUUCCUUUUCCAGCCACCCAGACGACAGGAAGGUUCGUCGGCCUCGGGGUUUUCAAGCCGUUCAUCCAUGACUGGGCGCCAGCUACGCUCCAGUAGCAAGCAAUCUUCGUCAUCAAACUCUUUUGCCGGUAGUAUUCGAUCAGCACUCAGGCACAAAGUGAACGGGAAAAAUGUGGGAUCCAGUGAAAGCCGGACUUUGGUUGGUAGUUCACCAAUCCUUAUGCAAGGCGAGGCCAAGCGAGACUGGGAACCCUCAUCCGUUGCACUGUCUACCAAUCUAGCUGCGCCUUACUUCCCAUUUGAACAGAUUCAUCCAGAUCUCUCGGAUGUGCCGUCCUUUCCUUCUGGAAAUUUACCCAACCCGCUUCGAGAAAUCAAUGAUGUCGUGUUCAAUGAUGUGUCAACAAAGCGUCUGGACGAGAGCUUCGCACAUACCAGCAUACUGAUCAGCGCAGAACCGGGUACACGGGUCUACUGUACUCCGGAGUUCGUUACAUGUAUAUCAGAUCUGAUUGCGCUGAUUGAGCCCAAGCAACCCGAGGAUCUUCUGGACGAUUUCCAAGUCAAGCUUCCAGCCGCUUCGAUAGAGGAGACGGGCCGGGACCGAUAUGAUGUAAUUCUCAAUCGAUUAGGGCUGGCAGCGAGAAUCAAGAAGUUCCCUGGAGAUCAAGCCGUUCGAAACUCCCUUUCGCUACACUCUACCUUGGGCUCACUUGGCAUUUCCGUUGCCGAGGGCAACCUUCAAGAUAAUGACGGAGGGGUUGCGAUUCAGGCUGAGAUCAAGGAUGUCAUGGUAUGGAUGUUGCAAAGCAAGGAAACGUCGAUGAAUAUCUCUUUUCGCUCUCUCGAGAAUGCCAUGGCAAGCAAGAAGGUCGAAUAUCUAGCAGCACUCAUACACCGGACAAUACUGCUAUCUGGGAAGCUAGUAGCAGACUUUGCUAAAGUUGAGCAAAGACAACAACAGCGAUUGCGCUAUCUUGCGUGGUAUCUUUCCAGCGUUCAGGAUCAGCAUCCGGAUCCCGCUUUUCUGACCAAGGCUUCUUAUGCUCUGCGCGCAACAAGAGACCAUUUACGUAGUCACGACUCCUGGAAGAUCAUCUCUCGAUUCCGCUAUACAUGGCAAUGCCUUUCACAACCCGAGAAGGAGAUGGUAUAUGGCAAUUGUGUGCAGCCGGAUGUGAUUUGCCCGGGGGAUGCUGAGCAAAAGGUCAUUGCAAUGUGGGACCAGUGGCGUACUUGGGACCUUGCACAUGUGAAGAAAAGUCUUGCCAUGAGACUUCUCUUUGGACACCUCGAGGAGAAGCUUCCCACACCAGAAUCUGCGCCAUUACAUCUCGACAUCAAAUCUGCAGAGAUCAAACUUACUAUCGACCCGGGCCCGAAACAAAGCGAAAUAUCACUAGGUUACCUAGCAGUCAAUGUCGCAUUACUACCUCCCACGCUACCUGAAGGACUGAUGUUGGUGGGCACGGAAAUUCCAAAGAAAUCCACCAUCAUUCAGAUAAGCUCUCGCGAUACAGUUUUGCAUGUUCAGUGGGAGAUUUGUGAGCUUGCAGAGUCUCUGCUGGUGUUGUUCCAGAAGGAGACCCUGCAGGCAACGCAGACGUCCAAAUCCGUUCCCUCAUCGCCAGCUCACAACCCCCCGGCAACGUUCGAUGAGGAUCUCCAAGUCGUGUUUGCAACGGACAAGGUUCAAAUUACUCUCGAUACUAUUAACCUCCGGAGCAUCAAUACAGGCAGAAACAUGCGUUUCUCUCUUCUUGAUGCCGAUAGCAAAGCUUCAGGUCUCGGCGAAAUCCUGUCGGCUCAUCUACACGUUGACGUGGCUGUGAGCGAGCUAGGUUCACGAUCCCGACGCCUCUCCAAGAUGCAAUUCGAGCAGCCAAGCAUAUACUUUGCCUCGGUGAAACACGGCAGCAACAAUUCGACACCUGACGAGAUCAAAGUGGCAGCGGUCAGCCAUAAGAUUGCUGUAAAAGUGCAAGAGGACAUCCUAGGUCUCAUCGAAGUCGUAGACACUGUGGUCAAGGAUGAAGUCGCCUAUUUCCAUCGCCAAUCGAACAUCGUACAAGAACUCGCAAAGACAUCCUCUAAAGGUGGUGCGGUUGAAGAGAGCAAGACGCAACUACCAAACAUAUCCCUUGCACUGUUCAUGGACGCAUACCAAAUCGAGCUGGCAGUGAUACAGCCACUCGGUUGGUCAAUUACAGGAUCUUCUGGGCGGAUUGCUGUUAUCCCAGCCCUUGGCAAACACGUCACAUUGCGGGUCGACUACGACCUAGAGGCCAAUUUCCACAGGUUGUACAGUACAUCGGAAGAAGGAUCCCAUGUGAUUAGUUCCUUUGUGCUGCCACCACUUAAUGGACGGCUGAUGAUCACACAAACCGAAAAGGAGACCAAGGUUUCGGCAACGGGCAUAGUCGAGAAGAUGCACGUCCAAGCGUCAGAGGUCCAAUCUUUCAUCUCCACCAUGAACAAGCCAGAAAUCUCGCACAUGUUGAAGGCAGUCCAGGACGAUGUUGAGGUUCUGAAGACGCACAUCGAAGAACUGUUUCCUCCUUCGGCAAACUCGCCAGUUGUCAAAGCCCCCACCUCAUCCCGCAACACUCUUUUCACGGUACAGAUGACACUCCAUGGCAUGCACAUCUCUGCGGCUGCACCAGGUCAAUACCCAGACUCGCCAACAGCGAGUCUCGUGUUCCAACUCUCCACGGUGCAGAUAAAGGCUACGAAUGUCGACUCAAACCAAGAAAUCUUGCUGUAUCCUGAGGCUGUAGUCCAGAUACACGAGGUUACUGUCGACAUGAGCCUCAAGGACCUCGACUCUUCUGUUCGUCGCUGCGGCAAUCUUACUUUCAGUGCAGUCUUCCAAGCUACAACAGAGAAAGACUCCGAGCCUACCCGUCGGGUAUAUCGUCUGCGCAGCUCAGGGCUGGAGGUGAAUGCUUUUGCAGACACGGCAUCGGCGGUUGUGGAUGUGUUAAAUCACUUGCAAGACAGGAUCAAGGAUCUUGACCUGUCGAAAGAGAAGAAGUAUUUGCGACGCCUUCGACACACCAAAAGCAAAAUUUCUUCACGACGUGAUCGCAGUGUCAAAAGCGCAGCCCACGAAGAGACUGAUAGUAUCAACUCUGGGGCCCUCUUUACGUCAACAUACUCUCUUGAACUCCUUGACUUGCAGGUCAGCUGGAUUGUCGGAAACUCGGUCGCCCCAUUUCCUCGCAACGAGAUUGAGGAUCUCGUGCUUUCGUUUGGAAAAAUCGACCUUUCGACGCAAAAGGAUGAUGCUGCUCGCUUGAUGGUAGAAGAUAUGCGGCUGCAAAUGGUGCCAAUUUCAGCCAACAAGAAGGCGCGUUCGCUCAAUUCUGCUUUGCUACCAAUGAUGGUCUUCAAUGUUGCUUAUGCAUCAACCAAAGAUACACGCAAGUUGGCCUUUUUUGCUGCGGGAAAAUCUCUCGAUCUUCAGCUGGACUCACACUUCAUCAUGCCGGGAAAUGUCAUCGAACGAUCCAUUUCUCUUGCUGGAAAGAAGUUCCGCAAGGCAUCUGCAAAUUGGAGUAUGACACCAACUACGACUGGUGCACAACGAAAGAAGCCGUUUGGCAACAAGCGUCUUGCAUCAUUGACGGCUGAUGUUAACUUUGCUGGAGCAGUGGUGCAUAUCCAUGGUAGCGACGCUCAGCCAGUGCAGGGUUCUUCUGGUCGAGCGCAGCAAAAAGGAAGAUAUAGCCAAUUCGUAGGCGACGAGUCUAAGAGUAGUAUGGCUUUGAGGGCACCGGGUGUGGCGGUUCGGGUCGAAUAUGCGGAUGAUGGUAGUGACCCUUCCCUCAACGCUGAGCUUCGCGUCGAUGGCUCGACCAAUACGUUGCUGCCAACUGUGGUGCCAAUCAUCAUCGACAUAUCGGACAGUAUAAAGGCCGUAGUCCGAGAAGAAGACGACGAGGACAUGACAACGCCGACUGAAUCGACGAACGAAGAAACUAAACCGGCUGCGAAACUGCUGGAAGACGAGAACAUCAUCACUGCCGAUCCCACCACUAUUCUCGGCAGAACAAGGCUCAACCUGGGGCUCCGGAUCUGCAAGCAAGAGUUUAGUCUUAGUUGUCAGCCCAUCGCUCGUGUCAUGGCAAUCGCCAAGGUUGAAGACAUUUAUAUCACGGUCAACAGUGUCAAGUCUCAGGAACAUGGUCACUUCUUUGCCGCAUCUGCCACAUUUGAGAAGCUACAGACCACCGUCCAACAUGUAUACUCGCGCGAGUCCACUUUCAGCUUAGACAUGGAGUCAAUUGUUCUUUCAUUCAUGAACAGCAAGCACCUGAGUGGCACUAGUGGUAUCUCGGCUAUCCUCAAGAUUAACCCUACUGCUCUUCAGAUCAACGCACGCCAGCUACAGGACUUCUUGCUAUUCAGGGAAAUUUGGGUACCUCCAGAGAUUCGUCGUGCCUCGAAGCCUGCUUCACCGAAUGCCAACUCGGAGCCGCAAGAGUACCUCAUACAACGCUACCAGCAGGUCGCUGCUGCCACGGCUUUUCCAUGGAACGCAAACGUAGCUAUUGCUGACGUCAAGGUCGACCUGGAUCUGGGUCAGUCAAUUGGAAAAUCAGCUCUGCAUAUCCACAACUUGUGGGCGUCUUCCAAAAAGAGCACCACUCGGGAACAAAAUCUGUGCAUAGGUGUCGAGAAGGUUGGCGUCGAGAGUACAGGACGCACGAGUGGCUUCGUUGAGCUAUACGGAAUGAAAGUACGCACCUCGAUUGGCUGGCCAGCACAUGAUCAAGACACUCGCCAGACGCCUCUCAUUCAAGCGUCGAUUGCGUUCCGUCAGCUACGUGUCAAGACUGGUUUCGACUUCCAGGCCUUUGUGAUGGCGGAUAUUGCCGAUUUCGCCUUUCUCAUGUACAAUGUCCGGCCCGAGGGAGAGGAUGUACAAGACCGACUGGUCGCUAUCCUUGACGGUGGCAAGGUGCAUGUCUUUUGUCAUGCAACGAGUGCUGCACAAGGUCUUGCGCUAUGGCAAGCGAUCGAACGUCUCAUCCAAGAGAACCAGCAAGCCUAUAAGCAGUCUCUCAGAGACAUUGAAAAGUUCCUUCGCCGCAAUUCAACAAAGCAUGAGGUACUAGACUCACCAGAGUCGCCUAGCCAGAUACUCACCAAGCCCGACGAAGACAACUUCAAGGCGCCUAUUUCGUUGCACACUGACGUUGUUGUCACGCUACGUUCGAUCCGCUUCGGUGUCUUCCCAUCUACAUUCAUUGACAACCAGGUUCUUGUGCUUGAAGCCGGCGAUAUGCAAGCUCGCUUUGCUGUCGCAUUAGAGAAGAAGAUGAAGAUACACUCUAGUCUGGGCAUGACUCUUGGUCAACUUUCCGUUGCACUAUCAUCAGUGCCGACCCCCAAACAGACCAAGCCCGUCACCGAACUUACCGUGGAAGACGUCUCCUCAAGCGCUAGCUCCGCACGUGGUGGGACAAUCCUGCGAGUACCCAAAGUCAUCGCCACAAUGCAUACUUGGCAAGUGCCAAAAGGCACACAUAUCGACUAUCUCUUCCGCAGCUCACUCGAGGGCAAGGUGGAUGUUGGUUGGAACUACUCCCGCAUUUCCUACAUCCGUACCAUGUGGUCCAAUCACUCCAGAAGUUUGGCCUCUCGCCUUGGCAAGCCCCUUCCAGAGUCCAACAUCAAGAUUAGCACUUCGCAGUCCCUUCAAGACGACUCCGACUCUCUCCCUACGGGCUCCGAUGCUACCAGUAAGACCGCCUUGCCCUCUGGUCGACCACGUGCACCUUCGGUCAAUGCCGAUGGCCAAGAGAAGAUCACUGCUGUAGUCAAUGUCCCGCAGUCACGAUACGAGUAUACGCCCUUGGAGCCACCGUUGAUUGAAACACCGCAGCUGAGGGAUAUGGGUGAGGCUACACCGCCGUUGGAGUGGAUUGGAUUACAUAGAGAUCGGUUGCCGAAUGUCACGCAUCAGAUUGUCAUUGUUACACUGCUAGAGAUUGCGAGGGAGGUUGAAGAGGCGUAUGAAAGGAUUCUAGGAAGUACUUGA